UGCAUCUGCUGACGGGCUCGCGUGAAUUUAGUCCGCCAUUGCCUUCCUGCUUUCACUCGCUGCAGUUUGCAACUGCUUUCUCGCCACUGCUCCUCGGCCUACCCGUUAGUAACCGCUCGUGGCUGAAUUGCGCGGCUUCAGUUCUCGGGAGAGCAGCCAUGGCUCUCAAGGUGAGUGUAAAGUGGCAGAAGGAGGUGUUUCCCGGCCUCGAGAUCGACACCCAACAGCCGCCCUUGGUGUUCAAGGGGCAGCUCUACGCGCUCACUGGGGUGCCGCCCGACAGGCAGAAGAUCAUGGUCAAGGGCGGCCUGCUGCAGGACGAUGCUGAUUGGUCCAAGCUCGCCAUCAAGGAUGGCCAGCGGCUGAUGAUGAUGGGCACAGCGGACGCAGCCCCGGUGGCGCCAGCCCAGGCGGUGGUGUUCGUGGAGGACCUGCCAGAGGACGAGCAGGAGGCCGCGGGGCAGAAGGACUGGUCAGCCGGGCUGGAGAACCUGGGCAACACGUGCUACAUGAAUGCCACGCUGCAGUGCCUGCACUCCGUGCCGCACCUUCGAUCUGCGCUCACAGACUAUUCCCCAUCGAGUGGCAUCGAGGCGGAUUCGUCGCACCGCCUGGCGCUAGCUGCCAGGGACCUCUUUGGGGAGCUCGACAAGUCACGGCGCCCCGUCACUCCCCUGCGCUUCCUCAUGCUGCUGCGGCAGAGAUUCCCGCAGUUUGCGCAGCAGGGGGAGCAUGGCGCGUACAUGCAGCAGGACGCGGAGGAGUGUUGGACGCAGCUCCUCUACUCGCUCUCUCAGCGCCUCCGCAGCGUCAGACAGCCCUCGCAAGCUGAGGUGGACAACAUCUUCGGGAUUGAUCUAGUCAGCAAGGUUCGGUGUGCGGAGGGUGGGGAGGGCAGUGCGGAGGAGAGUGAGGAGAAGGAGACGGCAUUUAUGCUCAAGUGCCACAUCAGCAGCGACGUCAACCUGCUGCACGAAGGCAUCAAGCACGGCCUCAAGACCGAGCUGGAGAAGGCAUCAGCGUCGCUUGGCCGCUCCGCUGUUUUCACCAAGGAGUCUCUCAUCGCGCGCCUUCCCCGCUACCUGACGGUGCAGUUUGUGCGAUUCUUCUGGAAGCGCGAGUCGCAGCAGAAGGCCAAGAUCCUCAGGAAGGUGACCUACCCACUCGUGCUGGACGUCUAUGACUUCUGCACCCCGGAGCUCAGAGCCAAGCUGGACGGGCCCAGAAAACGCCUGCGCCUGGCGGAGGAUAUCAAAGCAGGGCUGGUGGAGGGCAAGGGGAAGGGGAAGGAGGGGGAGGCGGAAGAGGGGGGGAAGGGGGAGAAGGAGGGGGAGAAGGGGGAGGGGGCGGGGCAGAAGGAGGGGGAGAAGAUGGAGGUGGAAGAGGGCAGUGCGGCUAAGGGGCUGGGGGGAGCAGCAGAGGGGAGCGGGAGUGCAGAGGGGAAGACAGGAGAGGCGGCAGCAGAGGGAACAGAGGCGAAGGGGGGGGCGGAUGGGGGAGGUGAGGGGAAGGAGGGGGGAGGAGGAGCAGCAAUGGAUGUGGAUGGCGCUGCUGGUCAAUCUGAGCAGUCCCUGUGUUUGCAGGCUUCUGGUUCCAAGGAGACAGACGGCAAGGAGGAGGGCGAAGCCACGGGGCUGUUUGACUUAACGGCGGUGCUCACCCACAAGGGGAGGAGCGCUGACUCGGGGCACUAUGUGGCGUGGGUGAAGCAGGAGAGCGGCAAGUGGAUAGAGUUUGACGACGAGCAGCCAAUCAUGCGCAAGGAGGAGGAGAUCACCAACCUGGCAGGCGGAGGCGACUGGCACAUGGCCUACAUUCUGCUCUACAAGGCCCGUCUCGGGUAGCGCCGCCUCUCUCUUGUCUCUUGCUGCCCGUCACUGGAGCACAAACCCGACAUGUGUGACUGCUGCGCGGCAGCUGCAGGCCUACCAGUAUUGAGUUGGAUAAGAGUGGGAUGCCAUGCUCCUAUUAUUCCGAAAUGACUGCUUUCAGCAUAUGGCUUGAAGGGAAGGUUGGGUUCGGCUGGGUACAUAGCGUUUGAGAGUGGGUGGGACCAAAGUUACUGUACUGCUGAUUCUGAGCUCAUCAGGAAAAAAAUCCUUCAUUGCCAACCAGACCAGGUCCUACCGCCAUACCACACCAUACCCCACUUGCCGACGCCAAGGCUGCAGUGCUGUGCACAAUUUGUGGAAAGCGCUACCGAGUUGGGGAGAGGAAAUAGGUAGGUAGUCUGAUGUCAAACAUGUGUAGUCGUUAUGUUUGUAUAGACUGUAUAGGGUCACCUCUUAGAGGGUACAAUUCUUAGGUAUAUCUUUCUGUACUCUCUCACUAGUCAUCAUUCUCUUCUCCAAUUCUGA